AAACCUGAGAAGAGCUUGGUUUCAGAGAUAGUGACUCUGAGAAGCUUAAUUCAUAGUUUCUCUUCUGCAGCAUGUCUGAGCUCUGCUCAGAAUACUGCUGAGUUGAGUCUGCAGAGUCUCACAGUUUCUUUGUCUUCUCUCUGUGAGAAGGCUUCAGUGCAGUCUCUGACUGACACUGCUACUUAUCUACACUGUAUUAAACAGCUGAAGAAGAGAGGGAUUUUAUACAUCUAUCUCUUCUCUCACUCUCAUUGUUUCUGUUAUAUCUGCAACAACAACUUCUGUCUCUCU